CGUAUCGACCCAGCUGCUGUCCGCGGAGCUCCGUCCUCCGCUUCCUGAACAUGGCUCGCUGGGGGAGAGUCGCUGCGGCGCUGCGCUCCGCUCUCAGGAGCUCCCGUUCCGGGAAGAGUUUCUCCGUGGGCCGGACUGUCGGCCCGGCCUUACUGGGCUCCGCUGUGGGAACCGGAGCGGUUUGUUUCUACCACCUCCAGGUGAAGCGGAGCGCCGUGCCCGGCGGGGCGGUGCUCGCUCAGGAGCAGAAAGACCCUGCAGCUCCACACAUGUCUGCCAGGAAGGUGCGCUUCAUCCAGUUCGCCUCGGUGGUCUACGAGGACGAGCCCUACAUGACCCCCCGGGACUUCCUGUUCUCCGUCAUGCUGGAGAGCGUCGACCGGAAACUGGAAAAAAGAGUUUUAACAGCACAGGACGUGGACAGCAUGCUGGCCGCCGCCUCCAGCGCCCGACCCGGGAACGACCUCUUCAGAGCGCUGGGAGACAACGGACUCAUCUCCUACACCGAGUACCUGUUCCUGCUCACCAUCGUGACCAAGCCGCGCACAGGAUUUCACAUAGCUUUCAAAAUGCUGGACGUGGACGGGAACGAGCACGUGGACAAGAAGGAGUUCCUCAAGCUGAAGAAGAUCAUCGGGAAAAGUAAGAGGAGAGUCCAGAAGGACGAGGCGGAGGCGAGAACUCAGAGGGCCGCCGUGGACGCAGACGGAGUCAACACCUCCCUGCAGGCCUACUUCUUCGGAAAGAAAGGACACGGAAAACUGCAGUACCAGCAGUUCCACCGGUUCAUGGAGGACCUGCAGGCGGAGGUGCAGGAGAUGGAGUUCCGUCAGUUCUCCAGAGGGAUGGACACCAUGCGCAGGGAGGACUUUGCGGAGUGGCUGCUGCACUACACCAGCGAGGAGGACAACGAGGUGUACUGGGAGAACAUGAGGAAGAGGAUCCCGGCCGGCCAGAGCAUCACCUUCGAGGAGUUCAAGGCCUUCUGCCUGUUCACCAACAACCUGGAGGACUUCGCCUUCUCCAUGAAGAUGGUGACGGAAGCCAACCGGCCGGUGGGGAUGGCUCAGUUCAAGCGCGCGGUGAGGAUCGCCACGGGUCACGACCUGUCGGAGAACGUCCUGGACACCGUCUUCAAGCUGUUCGACAUGGACGGAGACAGCUGCCUGAGCCACAAGGAGUUCAUCGGCGUGAUGACGGACCGCGUGCUGCGGGGGCUCAAGGUGAAACAUCAGAGCGGCAUCGGAGGCUACUGGAAGUGUGUGAAGAGAGAGACCCUGAAGGGGGCGCAGGAGGCCCUGGGAGAGACCGGGAGCCCCUUUUGAACCACUACUCAACCACAUCAUUUCUCACCACUAGAUUAUGUACAAACAUGUUUACAGAGCAGGUGUGUGUGUUUGUGUGUUUACACUUUGUAUAUUGAUUGGUUUGGUGUUCUGUGGUAAAUCCCAGUGCUCUUUCUCUUGCCCCUCUUCUGAGCUUUUAUUUUGAAGUUCUCCCCUGUGGCCACAUUCUUUAAGAUAAUCACUGCAGUCAAAUUCAUGAUAUAAUUUCGUGAGUUAUUGGGAUGAAUGGCACUUACUGAUCUUGCACAAUGUUGGGAACCAUUUCAGUUCUGUUUUUUGCCAUUAAAAUAAGGACCAUGA